CAGUGCCCCCUACUGAUACGCACUUUCUUCAUUUUCACCACUCGUUUAUUCAUUAUCGCCACCACACUAUACCACGUCUAAUUUGAUGAUCAUUAAAGUUUUUCUACGUUUACUUUUGCUCUGUGCACACAUUGUAUGCAUAGACGGAAAACUGGAAAUACGGCCAGUGGUAUCAGGAGUUCGGAUUGAAAGCGAUGUAGACGCGUCAGGAUUUUUAGGAUAUGGCGAUGCUGGAGAGUUAUUGGUGGAGGCAAACACUGAAGUGGAUCUUGUGAUUUUUGGUCAUGGACUAGAAAAUGUUGAAAUGGUGACAUUUACUGAUUCUGUCUGCGUGACAUCCGAGUUUAAUGUAUCAGAAAGCACCUUCUACAUUCAUAAAGAUAUGAAAAUAGUCUUUAAAUAUGCUUUCGUAGCGUGGCCCCAGCCAUGGAGAAUUUGUCUAAAAUCAGAGUGUCAUGGACUAAUACAAAUCGAUGACGAUAGAACCUGGAUUCAAGCUGUCCAGAGUACUCAUGAAACUUUCAUGCCUGUUUGGGCUCAGUGCGCAAUUUUAUGCCUACUGUUCUCCAUAUCAGCACUGUGUUCCGGAUUGACAUUGGGACUAAUGGCUUUGACACCGCAAGAACUUAGUAUCUUGAUGAAAUCAGGAUCACAAAGAGAGAAAAAGCAUGCGGCAGCAAUUUACCCAAUUAGAUGUCAUGGUAAUCGGUUACUGUGCACUGUUAUUAUUAUGAAUGUUAUUGUCAACACUGGAAUUACACUUCUUUUCGAUGAUUUGGCAGAAGGUCUGAUAGCUUUUGUAGCUUCCACAGUUGGCAUUGUUGUUUUUGGAGAAAUUCUACCGCAGAGCAUAUGUGUGAAGUAUGGAUUGGCAGUGGGUGCUAACACAAUUUUCAUCACCAAGUUCUUCAUGUUUCUCUUAUUCCCAAUAACGUGGCCACUUGGAAAAAUUCUCGACAAAUAUGCUGGUGUUGACAUUGAUGUAGUGAAUAGAUCGAGGAUGGUAGAAAUGCUCAAAAUGAACAUGGAAAAUGAUGCCUGUGAUAUUGAUUUAUCUACUCUGAAAAUAGCGAUUGGAGCAAUGGAACUAACGAAAAAGUCUGUACGCGACGUUAUGACUGAUAUUGAUGACGUUUUUAUGCUGUCUGAAGAUCAAGUUCUUAACGCUGAAACGAUGACAAAAAUUUCUGAUUCCGGGUACACCAGAAUUCCAGUUUUUGAGGGAAACAACAGGAAUAAGGUGAAAAACUUAUUGUACGUUAGUGAUUUGGCAUUGAUUGGGAAGGACAACAAUAUCACAGUGAAAGCAGUAGCCAGAUUCAACAAGAGACGGCUGAGAAUUGUAGAUGAAAGUAUGCCAUUGACAGCUUUGAUGGAUGAGUUCAAAUUGGGAGAUUAUCAUCUUGCAAUGGUGGCUAAGGCUACGGAAGUUAAGAAGCAUCACCAUGGAAAGUUUGCGGAUGGUACAGUAGACAGCUUCAUCUUGAAAUCGAUGAAAUUGGUGGAAGCAACCAUGAUGCCACAGGUAGAAAAUCCAGAAGACCAUCCAGUUACACUUGUUGGAUUAAUCACAUUAGAAGACAUAACAGAAGAACUUCUUCAAGCAGAGAUUACCGAUGAAACUGACUGUUACGUGACAGAUGAUGCUCAAAAGAAAAGAAGGACAAAUACUUCAAAGAAAAGUGCUGCUGAACUAUUUUGUAGUGAGAAGAAGAGUGAGCGUUUGUCACUUCAUAUGCUGGAGAUGACCGAAAAAUGGUUGCUAGAAAAGACACCAUUAUUUGGAAAUAUGAACCCAAAGGCUUUUGAAAACCUGAUUCAAAGAAAUAUCAGAGAGGUUCUAAUUGUGCCUCCAAAAAAUAGCACGUCCCCGGGAACAUUAAACCUUUUUGAAGCUGGUGUUAUGAGUAAGCGAUUUUUAUUGAUUUUGGAAGGAAAAGCAACAAUCCGCUUUAAUGAGAAAGACCUCAUCUUUGAAUGCGGACCUUGGACUUGUUUUGGUGAAGCUAUAUUGGAAAAAAUGGAAAUGUGUAUUUCGGACAGAAAAGAGCCAUCAACUGGCUUCUUCUUCCUUCCUGAUUACAAUUUGACUGUCAGUGGACCAUGCAGGUUUUUGCAGAUUUCUACAAGCUCCCUUCUUCAUUCGUUGAGAAUCACACAAUUCGUCAAAGAAAUUAGAACUCCGAAAAUUUCAAUAACUAGUGACGAUGACUUUGGAUCACCAACCAGAAAAGCAUCUAUACUGGACAGCAGUCCGAAUAGUAGAAAACGGUCGUCAACGAGUGUCAUGAACAGUUUGGCACUACCUACUGCAAGAUUGGCCGCGAAAAUAGCGUCUGUGGAAGAAUUGAAACCACUUAUGGAAUAAAUGAACUUUUUAACGUGUUUCCAUAUAUAAACUCCAUUAAUUGAAAUGAAAAUUAAUUGCAUAUGUUUUAU